CUUUAACAAAGUGUGAAGCUGAACUCUGAGCUGUGACGGUCUGAGCAGUGUGAGAGUGUCAGUAGAUGAUGAGCUGCUGAAGGGCUUUGAAAGAGGACCAUGAAGAUGUUGGUGGUGUUUGUGAUCCUCCUGCACGUUUCCCAGCAUGCCUCAGCUGUGGAGCUGUAUGAGGGGGACUCCUUCAUCCUGCCCUGUCAGUUUGACACUUUUGACCUGAUCGACCCCUCAGUGGAGUGGAGUCGCUCUGACCUCAGUCCUCCAACCGUCCACCAGCUUCAAGGAGACGAGCUGAAAGAGCAGAACCAGCAUUAUAGCGGCCGAACAUCCAUGAAGACUGACGCUCUGCAGACUGGAGACCUCAGCCUGAAGCUGACCGACCUCCAACUGUCUGACAGCGCCACCUACACCUGCUCUCUUAGAGACAAUAUAGGUGAACUGAGUCAGAGUGAUGUACAGCUGCAGGUCAAAGAACGGUUUCCAUCCUGGGCCAAAGCUCUCCUGGUUCUCCUGGUUCUUCUGGUGGUUUCUGGAGGUCUUUUAUUUCAUUUCCGGCAGCACUUCAUGUCAGGUUACAAGGUGGAGGUGGAGUCAGGGGUGGAGUCUGUCCAUCUGCCCUGUAAAACUAUAGUUCACCUGCCCAAAGGCACUAAGGUGGAGUGGAAGGACGGAGACAGCAGGAAGGUCCACGUGUAUCAGAGCAGCUCUGACCAGCCUGAAGAACAGCACGACUUUUACAGAGGACGAACAAAGAUGGAGAGAAACCUGCUGAAACCUGGAGACCUCAGUCUGACCCUGAAACACCCCACAGACACACACACCUACACCUGCACCGCCUACAACAAGAGGGGAGACAUCCUGAUGGAGAAACAAGUGCAGCUGACAGUCAGAGUCUGUCAGGUGGAGGUGGAGGAGGGGGUGGAGUCUGUCCAGCUGCCCUUCAGAACCACAGGAAACCUGCCUGGAGAUGCUGAAAUGCUGUGGGAACGCACUGAACCUGAAUACAACACUGUCCACGUGUAUCAGAGCGGCUCUGACCAGCCUCACAGACAGCACCAGGAUUACAGAGACCGAACGAAGAUGAAUGAAGACCUGCUGAAAACUGGAGACCUCAGUCUGACCCUGAGACUCCCCACAGAGAGAGACAGUGGGAGAUACAGAUGUGGAGUCGUCAGCAGGAACAUCUGGAUCAGAGUGAAAACAGUGAUGCUCAAAGUCAGAGGCAGAGCUCAGGUCCAGGAUCAAACAGGGAUCAUCAGGAACAGAAGCAGCUCCAUUGAUCCGACUCCUCUGAUGGCUGAUCAAUCAGUUUGAUCUGUUUGUUCUUUGAUUAUUGAUCAGUGAUGUCAGAGUGGAGUCAGUGUGAUGUUGUUGUUGUGUGUUUGAGCCUUUUAGUGUCCGUGAAGGUCUCUGCUGCCGUAGAUCCUCUGAACUGUGACAGAGGUCUCACUCUGGAGGAAACUCUCAGCACUUUCCAGCAGCUCCUCCAUCAUGGAGGACGUUCCCUCACUGGAACAGGUGGAGGAGAGAGGAGAGGAAGCACAGGUGGAUGCUCUGAGGAAGAGGAGCGUUCUCACAUUGGUCUUCCUACAACAACACCUUGAUCACAUGAGCAGAGGGGCGUGGCCUUCAGUGGUCCUAACACGCCGUCGUAGUAAUAAAGGAACCCUCCACAUGUUCCACUUUGAAGGCUCAUCUCCAACAAAGCAGACCUGUGAUCACUUUAACUCACUAUGAUGAUUGUUGACAUUUGUCUUUGUGUCUCUGGCUUUUCUUGUGUGUCUGUGUGUCUUUGGGAUGUUGGAUAGAGUCAUGUGACCUGCCCAGGGACUACAGAUGGAAAUGAGCAGUUUAGCUCCAAUCUGGCAGCUUUCCAUCUUCUAUGUUUAUAUUGAUGUCCAUGAACAUGCACUGUCCCUGUGAGAUCAAUGCAGAUAAAAACAGCUGCUGACCUUUGACCUGAUCCAGUGUUGUUCUUCUU